AUGGCAUCCCUCUGGAAUCGUUUUAAAACGAGGGUUCUCUAUUUCAAGUAUUACAAGUGUUGUUGGCCGGUGAGCGAUUGGGUUUUCUUUUAAAACUUAUUUUUUGUUUUCAGAUCUUCGUCUACUACAUCACGGGCAUGUUCCAUGAGUGGAUCCUCUCGGACGAGUACCAUUCUCUCCACUUCUGGAUCCUCUUCUUCCUGCUCAUUCGCGAGGGCAAUCGCAACCCGAUGACACAAUUCAGCAUCACGAAUCUGAAAGAGGACGCUGUGAAGAGGCCGGCGGCUCCGCACAGGCAUCCCUCCUACUACGAGGACUAUCAUCGGCAGGCGCGAAGAGAUUUGCUCAACCCGUACAGCACUUAUUACGCGGGAAGAAGACAGAGGCCGCUGGAUCGCAAUUUGUAA